AUGCACACCAGUAACUUGAGCAACCCUCCAUUUGACUCGGCUACUCACCUACAAGAAUGGCAAAAUGAGAAGCAGAUCCACGGAUUACUGGCGCAUAUGCCUCUCUCAGCAGACUUAGCCUGUAAAGCCUGUACCGAGGCAAGUGAAAUUCCAGGUUAUACGGUUAAGCUCAUGGGCCCAGAUGCUGCGAGUGACUGUCCUAAGGUCACCGCUCUCUUUGAAAAGACCUUUAUCGAGCGGGAGCCACUGUCGCACGCACUUGCCACCUCAGGUGCAGUAUCCAGAGAUGUCUUUCUUGAAUUUUGCCGGCAUAUAAGCGAGGCAACAUUCGCUACUGGUAUGAUGAGCAUCGCUACGAUUGGUGACGGUUCGGUUAUUGGUUUCGUCAUGGCGGCUCCAUUGAACGUGAAGACAUUUCCAACUCCUACACCUCCAGGGCUUGAGCCAAUGUAUGAUAUUGUUGAUAUCCUGGAUGCUAGCCUCCACGAGUAUCAGCGCAAUGAUCCGAGCAUGGCUCCUUCUAAGGUAGUCGAGAUCACAAUGGGAGGGGUGUGCCGGAACUUUGAAGGGGUUCACGUCGCGGCUGAUUUGACUUGGGUAUUGCUAGUGGAUGCUUAUUUGAGAGGAUUUCGCACAGUUGUGGUCAAGGCAUCUAGCCGCUCGCAGAUUGCAUUUCAAGCGGCUGGUUUCGUAACACUGGCUGAGGUGCCAUACAAAGACUAUCAAUAUGCGGGAAGCAAGCCCUUCUCUCGUAUCGAGAGCCCGCCUUCAGUUAAGCUGAUGAAAGUAGACCUGGAAACACAUCUCAAGUCGACACCAGAUCCUCGGUUACGUCGAUUGCUUGCUAUGAAACGAAAUUGA